AUGUUACAUUCCUCACCCCACAGUUGCAAGGUUACAUCCCCCACCCGACAGUUGCAAGGUUACAACCCCACCCCACAGUUGCAAUAUUACAACCCCACCCCACAAGUGCAAUAUUACAACCCCACCCACAAGUACAAUGCUACACUCAACCCCACAAGUGCAAUAUUACAACCCAACCCCACAAGUGCAAUGCUACACUCCACCUCACAAGUGCAAUAUUACAACCCCACCCCACAAGUGCAAUGCUACAUUCCACCCAACAAGUGCAUUGCUACACCCCACCCCACAAGUGCAAUGUUACAGUUGCAAUGUUACAACCCCACCCCACAAGUGCAAUAUUACAACCCCACCCCACAAGUGCAAUAUUACAACCCCACCCCACAAGUGCAAUAUUACAACCCACCCCACAAGUGCAAUGCUACACCUCACCCCACAAGUGCAAUAUUACAACCCCACCCCACAAGUGCAAUCUUACAACCCCAACCCACAAAUACAAUGCUACCAGCAGUGAAUAUUGUGGCUUAG